GCUGCUAUUUUUUUUAUAUUACACAGCCUUAUGCUGGUUUACUGUUUUGCACAUUGAGAGCCGGAUCGCGCCAGAUCACAACACGGAAAAAGGUAUGACGAAGAAAGCGGUGAAAGUUAGUUUGGAGGUUAAAGUUCACUCAGGUUAAGCCCACCCAUGCUUUUUACUCUAUGUAACUUAAACGAGUAAAAAGCCAGCACCAGAGAGGUCGAUAACAUUGCUGGUGAAUCCUCACGUGAGUUCGGCCGUCACCUCCAGCUUUAAGGCAAAACGCUGGAAUCACCUGUGUGACCACUGAAUUUUAUAAGAUAUGGUUUCGUUUCACAAGUCGUCUUAAUUGUGCAUAGAAGAGAUGUUUACGAACCCAGUGAAAUGUAAAUUGCUGACGGACGCAGCCUGGGUAGUUUCCCACGUCACACAGGUCACUCCAGCGUUUUGCCGUCAGACUGGAGGUGAAGGCCGCUGCCGAGCGCGAGUGAGGCUUCACCGGGAGCGUAAACCUCUCUGAGGAAGACGCUCCUCUUCGUCACGCAGUGUUGUCGUCAGCUGGUGUCAACUUUUUGCCCAUCUGCCAGGGGACAUGUCUCCUAUCAGAGCUGAACUGUCAAACUAUUAACCCUCUGUGUACCUGCAACAAUGCUGGUUCUGAUGGAUGGGGCCUUCCCUGACGUCCAGUGAUACGGGUGUCCUUGACCACUGGGGCAGACGCAAUAAAUGGGUGGAGCGGUGGGAUGGACAAUGCUGAGAGUGUACAUGGUUUCCUAUGGUACGGGCAGAGAGAAAAUUAUCCAGCAAUAAACAGUACACAGUACUGCACAGCACCAACAGAAGUAUUCAUACAACUACAAGAAGCUGCCUCUUCAAUGAAACUCAAAUCACGACAGAGAUUGUUAAGUCUACCUCCAAGAUUAUUAAAUCCAAAUGGAGAAUUUAUGGGUGACACUUUAUAACAAUUAAUCUGAGAUGCUUGAUUAAUAAAGUUCGCUCACCCCCCACCCCCACCCCCUUUCUGUCUUCACCUACCCCAUCACUAAAGUUGUCCUGUCUGAGUGGGAUGGAGGAGGAGAUGAAAAGACAUUCGGGUGGCAGGAUGGUUGUCAGGGACAACAUGGGUGUCAUUCUUUUUGAUUAAUGGAGCAUUGUGACCCCGCCCCUAACCCUUCUUCUUUCUCAGCAUGCCCACUUUCACCUCUGCAAAGCCCCCCCACUCACCCACCUCUCACCAUAACAGCUUAUGGACCUGAGGACAAAUUUAAAGCAGACAACACUGAUGAGGAGGAGCAUCUGCUGGAUGAUGGCCUCUCUAUGGAUGGCCAAGAUGCAGACUAUCUGUUCAAUGAUGACGAGGACAGAGGAGAUGGCAAUAGCUGCCAAAACUCUCCACUCAGCAAUGGCACGAACCCAGAUGCUGGGUACGCCUCUCCACUCAGCACCACUAGUGAUCAACUGGUGGACCUUAAGCUCAUAUCAUCUUUUAGUGAUGGUCAAGAUAAGGCAGAGGAGAAGCUAGGGGAGUCCACAGAGUCCAUCAAUGGCCUCUCACUACAGGACAGUCUGGCAAAAAUGAAAGCUGUCUAUGCAAACCUGAUCUCGGAUGCCUCCUGGUCCAGCAUCGCUCUGGACAUGCUUAAAAGUAAACAAAGCAACAAUUUUGCAGCUAGAAACGGCAAUGGGAGUAAUCACAUAGGGAACAGCGGGUUCUUGAACAGUCACAGCCCAGCAAACAUUCAUGUGAGGAAUAGAUGUAGCAGUAGCAACACUUCAGCCACUACUAAUAUUAAUACCAGCAGUACCGCCACAAGAACAGUGUCCAGCAGCAGCAACAGUGGCACUAGUGUAGGUUCUGGCAACACAGGAGGAUUAGCCUAUGACUGGCACCAGGCAGCGUUGGCCAAAACUCUACAGCAUACUCCAUACCAACUGCUUCCUGAGCCUAGCCUUUUCAGCACCGUGCAGCUUUAUAGGCAAAACAAUAAGCUCUAUGGCCCUGUGUUUACUGGUGCCAGCAAGUUCAGGUGCAAGGACUGUAGUGCAGCCUAUGACACUUUGGUUGGCCUGACAGUGCAUAUGAAUGAGACUGGCCACUAUCGAGAUGACAAUAAGGAUACUGAAGAUGAUCGAAGCAAGAAGUGGUCCAAGCCACGCAAGCGUUCACUGCUGGAGAUGGAAGGGAAGGAAGAUGCCCAGAAAGUUUUGAAAUGCAUGUACUGUGGCCACUCUUUUGAAUCCUUACAAGACCUUAGUGUUCACAUGAUCAAAACAAAACACUAUCAGAAAGUGCCUCUAAAAGAACCAAUGCCAGCUCUCACCUCAAAGCUGGUACCCCCAACCAAAAAAAGAGCAUUUCAAGAUUUGAUGUCCCCAAGCUCUCCGGAGUCUGUGUCAUCUGGCAUACUCCUGGGAGAAUCUCCCAAAGACCAAAAAGUGGCCAAUCCCUAUGUCACUCCUAACAAUCGAUAUGGUUACCAAAAUGGUGCCAGCUAUACUUGGCAGUUUGAGGCACGCAAGGCACAAAUUCUCAAAUGCAUGGAAUGUGGCAGUUCACAUGACACAUUGCAACAGCUGACAGCCCACAUGAUGGUCACGGGACACUUUCUCAAAGUAACCAAUUCAGCCUCUAAAAAGGGUAAGCAGUUAGUUUUUGAUCCUGUCAUUGAGGAGAAAAUUCAGUCGAUUCCUCUGCCGCCAACUGCCACACGACUCCCAGCAGCUAAUGGGAAGUCACAGCCUGACUCUCUGUUGCAGCCUGCUAGCCCUGAGGAGAAAGCUGAAGAAAACAAAGAUGAAGAGAGAGAUGAUGAGAAAAUGGCAGCUAGGGAACUGGAGAAGAAAAUAAAAGAGGAGAAGGAAGAUCCCCCUGAAAAAGCUGAUAAACCAGGAAAGGCCAGAUCUUACCAAUAUCUGAGAGAAGAAGAUUUGGAAGAGACACCUAAAGGUGGUUUAGACAUCCUGAAGUCUUUAGAGAACACAGUUUCAAGUGCCAUCAGCAAGGCCCAAACAGGCACACCAACCUGGGGUGGAUACCCCAGUAUUCAUGCUGCCUAUCAGCUGCAUGGAGCCUUGAAGUCUACCUUGCCUUCAUGUGCACAGGUUCAACCUUUGUUCAGCAGCAACACCUUGAAGGUGCUGUCCUCUGAUUUAGGUGCUGUGGUCCAUUCACCUAAUAGCCCCUGUUCACCUCCAAGUCACAAGAAUAAUGUGCUGGCUAUGGAGGAGCUAGUGGAAAAAGUGACAGGAAAAAGUUCAGUCAACAGUGAAAAAGAGGAAAAACUUGUAGAGAAUAAGCGCAGGUUUGAAAAGUCACCUUUGCCAAAUUCUAAGGACAAACAGGCUUUAUCCAAUCCAGAAAACCUCUCAAAGGCAGUGAAAAAUACUGGGGUAGAGGACCAGACUGAGUCAAGAAGCAAAGAGGAAGAACAGACAAAGCCCAAAGUGGAGACACAGAUUAAGAGUGAAGUUGAUUCACCAAAAAAGCUUGUAAGCAAUGGCUGCCACAACCUGAGCAUCAUCACUGAUCACUCACCUGAACAACCACUUGUCAACCCUCUCAGUGCUUUGCAGUCUAUCAUGAACAACCACUUGGGGAAAGCUGCAAAAGUGGCAACCCCCUUCAUAGACCCCUUCACGAUGCUUUAUAAGAUCAACAGCAACUCUGCUCAGAUCAAGUCAGCAGAGCCUAUGAGUCAGUACCAGGAAGGGGAAGACGAUCAGCCCAUAGACUUGACAAAAUCCAAAAACACUAAUGGAAAUACAGCUAAGGCUAUUUCUACUACACCAAACAACAACAACAACCCAGUUUUCAAAACGUUCUCUCAGUCUUCAUCUCCACCUCUACGGGAGAAUGCUUUGAUGGAUAUUUCUGAUAUGGUGAAAAAUCUGACUGGCCGUUUGACACCAAAGUCUACAACACCAUCUUCCAUCUCUGAAAAAUCAGACAUCGAUGGCUGUACAAUUGAGGACAGCUUGGAGGAGCUGUCUCCCAUCCAAAGGCGGAAAGGCCGACAGUCAAACUGGAAUCCCCAGCACCUGUUGAUUCUCCAGGCCCAGUUUGCCUCCAGCCUUAGGGAGACUCCUGAGGGAAAGUUUGUAAUUAAUGACUUGGGACCACAGGAACGGGUCCACAUCUGUAGAUUCACUGGUCUCUCCAUGACAACUAUCUCACAUUGGCUGGCCAAUGUAAAAUACCAGUUAAAGCGGACAGGGGGCACAAAGUUCCUAAAAAAUAUUGACUCUGGCCAGCCUCUGUUUUUGUGCAGUGAUUGUGCAUCCCAGUUCAGGACUCCCUCAUCCUACAUUCACCAUUUGGAGUCACAUCUUGGAUUUACCCUGAAGGACCUCUCAAAACUAUCCAUAGACUUAACAGAGCAACAAGCAGUCAGCAGAAUAGAGGACAAGACUUUCAGUUCCUCUGUGCUCACAGAAGACGACACCGACUUGAUAUAUCAGUGCCAACUGUGCAAUCGGACAUUUGUGAGCAAACAUGCAAUCAAAUUGCACCUUUGCAAAGCACAUGGAAAGUCACCAGAGGACCAUUUCAUUUUUGUGACAGAGUUGGAAAAGUUUGACAAACAGUGAAAUCAAGUAAAGCUGAUAGCAAGACAGAUUACUGUUGCACUAUAACUCUAACUUGCAAUCUGUCAUAACAGAUAGUGCCAGAAUUGUUGUGACAUAUAUUGUAAUUAAAAACAUGGUAGCUUUAAUACCACAUACUGUAAUUAUUCAGUUAUUCAUAAAUGGCAGGGGCUUACACUUCACGGGCUCAAAGCUAUGUUGUAAAGGUUGAUUCAGUAAAUGAACCAAAUUGGUGCAGCAGUCAUGGCACUAUGUGGUCACCGACUGAUGGUUGCUUUCCUAAUGCACUGUAUCCUAUCUGAGCCUCUGGGAAAAAGUCCAGGUGUUGUAUUAAAACUGGACCUUGCUCUUAUUUUGAUCACUGAUUUUGGAUGAUUUUUCAGACAAACAUAUUUCAACACAACUUAAAUCUAAUUUAUGAAACAGUUUGUGCAUGUUUUCAUGUAAAGCAGUGAGCAUUAUGACAUUUAAAACACAAUGACAUAACCGAUAUCCCUGUUUGACAAAUUUUGGAUUCAACCUUUUAUAUGAAGAAGUUCAGCUAUGAUGAUGCUCUAAAAUGUUAAGAUGAGUUCAGCACUUUAAGGAAGUGUAAACUGAUGAAAAAAAUGUUUAGGGGAAAUGACAACACUUCACUCUUUUCAGUUGUAAUUCCACUGAUCAACAUGGAAUUUUGAUGGACUAACUAUAACUGUUUGUUUGCCAUUAAAUCACAGAAAUUCAUGCAAAAUGUUUAGAAUGUUUUUCUCUAGUAAAGUAUAAUUUCCUGGUUGUUUCAACUUGUACAGUAUUUCAUUAGUAGGCUACCCAUUUUAUUAUUAUGAAGCUACAAUUGUAAAAUUUAUGAAGUUUAAAACUUAGUGUAUGAAUAAUCAGCAAGUAUGUAUACAUAUGUGUCAGCAUAUCUUGCUCUUUAAAGUUCAAUAUUAUUUGUACUGUGUGCAUUUUAUAAUGUUAUUUUCUAGACAAAUGGGGAAAAAAUGUAUAAAGCUACAGAAUAUAGUUGGAACACAAUGCACUUUUUGAGUGAAAAUUAGGUCCUUCAGUGUGGUUUACAUAAAAUAACAGAACUUUACUGGCAUCUGCUCUGAUGCAUGGUACUGUACAUAUCUUUGAAAAAAGAAAUUCUCACACAUUGAUACAUUUCCAGGUUUUAUCAUCAGCCCAGAUAUUAAGAAUUCCCUUCUCUUAUCUUAAGUUGUAAAAUAAACUCCAUGUCCUG